AUGCUCCAUUCAAUAUGUCUACUCAACCGGACCAACACCGAGAUCCUUCUUGACCUAGACUUUGGAGAAAACGUAACAGCUACAGGGUCGAAGACUUUCCACGGCCAGUCCUACAAUUUAAGCCAAGGGGCAAAAAUCGCUUUGCGGGCCGAAGAGGAGCAGCAAGUCUCGUUGAAAGAGCGCGAGGAGCGCGAGAGGCGAGAAGCGCGCAGGAAAUCACUUGCGAACAGAAGAGUCUCCUUCGCGGCAGAGGCGACAUUACACACGUUUCACGAGAUCGAGUACCAGGAUCCGGCGGCCUAUACGAACUCAGCGCGGCGUGCUUCAACAGCUACCCUCGCAACUUCUCAUCAACAAACCACCGACCAGCCCGGAGGGGCUCUAGUAGGGGUUGAGGGUCAUGUCCACCCUCGUGGCCCAGGACAUCAACAGAGUGAUUGGGAGCAAGAUAUAGACGAUACCGUUGCCUCAAGUAUGUACGGCUCUGACUCCGAUCUGGGCGAAUCCGUGGAAGAAGUGGAGGACCAUGAGGACACCGGCAGCCCAAGUGACUCAUCUGAUGAUGACGGAACUAUGGUGACCGUCGAUGGCGAUGAGACAACAUCCGCUUCAGUAGCCUCGGCAGACAGCUCAACCGUUGAUGAGGCCCUUCGAUUGGCCGCGCGGCACGCAGAUACCCAGAAGCCCAGCGCCGAUGAUGGAACAGAAACUAUAGAACGUGACUCGACAGGGAUGGAUCUUGAGAUGGAGAUUACGCAAGCCAUUGGGGGCAUCAUCAGACAUGGCGUCACUAAGCCGGUUGACAAUAGUGACAUGUCAAUGGACGUCACCAGGGCUUUCGGGACAAUUUUCUCACGGAAUGGUCAAUCUCAACACAAUAUGGAAGAUGAAAUACCAGCGCCGUACAUCGACAAUAUGCUUGAAGCUAAGUGUGACCCGCAUGGCCAAGUCAUAAAAGACCAUUCACACGGGGUCGAAGACAUCAGCUCUCAGAGUAACGAAGAUAUGUCGAUGGAGCUAACGACUGUCAUGGGUGGUUUGAUUUCCACGGAGAAUGGAGACACCCAUGAACAUGAUGGAACCCUCGCCAGCAUCAAGCGCAACCUCUCAUAUAAGGGUAGGGAGCUAAAUCAGGCACCAGCCCUGCCAUUUGAUACCAGCCCAGAUGACUCCGCGGAAACCGUCGGCAUGGACAUAACAACUGCACUCGGAAAGAUUUUGCCGACCAGCAGUAGCCAUGCCCUUGGGAGUGACGGUGCCUUCGAGGUGGACAUGGCCACCACUCCGGGAGCCACGCCGCAACCUCGUCCUCAAAAGUCAAACUCGCCAACCCAAGUCGUGGCUUCAAGUCAAGAUGUUCUCGGUGUCUCGCACAACCCAGUCAUGGCAUCAUUUACGGACCAUAUUAGAGUUGGCAAGCAAAAUGCACCAGAUCACACUAUCCCUAGAAAUUCUAGUCGAUCGCCAACUUCAACUGUCACCUCCCAGGUUGACAACGCUUUAGAUGGAGCCGGCCCUCAACCUAUAUCCCCCAAGAAACGCUCCAUAAGCCCCAACCAGCGACAUGACGCCCAUGGGACGUUGAACGGAUUCGCAUCACCCCAAACGCCGAUACUACUAACUCCACAAAGCAAAAGGCUGCCUAAAUUUGGUCUUGAGAAAGAGGGUCUCGGGUCGCCUCGUGUCUCAGCCCUCCUAGAUCGCAGGGCCUCCAUCGGCGAAGUAUCUUGCAGCUUUACUCCUGAGUGCCGAGGGGACAAGGAACGCAACAGCGAUCAAAAGUCACUGGACGAUGCCGAGGUCACAGUCAAUCUCAAGGAGAUGAUUGCGAGUCUUUCACCUAAAAAGAACCAUCGUGGCCGAAAAAGUCUACAUGUGGGGAGCGCUCGUGGCGUUCUUGGUAAGCGUCCAACGGAACUCGAUGAUUCAGAGGAAGAGAAGGAUGGCAUCAAGCGUUUGAAGGGACACCAUGGCAGCCCCGUCAAAAACGUGCGAUUACAACAACCCCCGGGUAGCGUAGCAUCCAUGCUCGAGACAUCGGCGGUGCCCGAACCCAAGGAACCACCCGACGAACCAGAACUCAAGAAGUACAUCUCAGAAGGUCGCCGUAUCGUAAAGGAAAUAGAGGUGGAAACAUAUCAAGACAACCCUCCUUUAUUUCAAGAAUAUGCUUCUGCCACCCCCGAGUUCAAAAUGCUCAUGGACCAUCAGUUCAAGAAUGGCAAGACCCAUGCGCGUCUCCUAAGCAAAGCAAUGUGGUAUGAGUGGCGUAUGAAGCUCCAGCAGGGCCUGAGGGAGGGGCUCGAAAGAAUCAAUCACGACAUGGAUGAGGAUAUCAUCUCUCUCGAAACCCAGAGACAGCUCAUUGAUUCCUCUCUCCCCACGCUGGCCUCGAAAUACGAAAGCCUGGCAAGGGCACAUGGAGACCUCGAGAUCUACGCGAAGGAGCUUGCGGAGUGUGAUCAAAAUGAAUUAAACUCUGCAAGGCACCAGCUUGUAGAGUUGGAGGCUAGUAUUCAAGCCCGAAAGAAACAGAUUGCGGAGCUUCGCAUCCAGGUACAACUAACCGAGUCUCGGAAAGAGCAGAUUUCUCUUCAAAAGGAUCGGUGUAUGGUAGAUAUUAAAGAAGCAGAGAAGAUCCGGGAGGAAUGCAAAGGGUGGACAGCCAAAGAAAUUAGCGUCUACAAAGAAAAAGUCCAAACCCUCGAAAAACAGUAUCACUGGGCAGUAACGGGAGUUGCCGGUGCCCGAAUUACGAUGGCCUAUAAAGGCGAGCUUGUAGUCGCCUUCGACAUAACCGAUACGCAACAUGGUUGGGAUGAUCCAACGGUCGAAGCACGGCGUGUGUUCACCAAAUCCGAUGCACCUACACGGCACCAGGAAGUGGCGCGGGAUUUCUUUUUGCAGCGUAUCCGUGACCACUCCCACAAGAGUGACAGGAAGUUGAGCUCCUUGCUCAGCUUGGCUGCGAGAGAGUGGGAGACUGCUAGGUGCAUGGUUCGCAACAUCAACGUCGCCGAUACCACGUACCCUACUAAAGUUAUCCGGACGUCAGGUACUUCCAUUGAGGUUGUAUCCACGUUGCUAGUGACCGAACUGGAAACGAAAAUUGAGGUCAUUUUUGCCAUUUCAAUGAACACUGCCUUAGGAAACACACAGGUUACCAUCGAGCCUAGCGCGAGAGUAGUCUAUGGGGAGGCCUUCAACUUAGGAAAGAUGAAAGACCACCUAACAUCGCGAAUUAACCAGAUGCCGGGGAGCAUGACGUUCAGGAAACGUGGUGCAACAUUCUUGUAUCAUUGCACAGAAGGCUCCUAA